GCAGUGAGCGAGUGAGUGAGCGCGUGAGUGGGUGAGAGCGUGAGUGUCGCAGACGGAGACUAAGGAGACGGAGCAGUGGGAUAUUAAACCUCCACCUUUGAGACAACUGUGGCAACAUGGAGCUCCGUCGGCUCGGCUCCAUCCUCUUUUUAUUCUUAAACCAAGUGUUUUUCAGCCUCCAGUCCAAAGAGCAAGUGCUGCUGGAUAUGAGAGCUUCAGGAUCAGAGUUGGGCUGGUUGACGUUGCCAUACGAGAACGGGUGGGAGAUUGUACAGACAGUGGUGAACGGCUCACUUUUCUACACCUACACCGUUUGUAGCAUAGAUUCGACCGAACAGGAAAAUUGGUUGCGUACGACAUUCAUUCAGCGGCACACGGGGUCGCCGCGCGUCUCCGUGGAGCUCAAGUUUGUCGUGCGAGACUGCAACACGUUCGACGGCGCCUCCGUCGCCUGCAAAGAAACCUUCAACCUCUUCAUCUCAGAGGCCGACGAUGACGUGGGCACCAACUUCCGCAAAGGGCAGUUCCGCAAAGUGGCCACCAUCGCGCCCGACGAGGUCACGCGGGGCCGCGUGACAAAGGUCAACGUGGAAACAAGGACCGUGGGGCCUCUGUCCAGGAAGGGCUUCUACCUGGCGUUCCAGGACAUGGGCGCUUGUGUGGCGCUGCUUUCAGUAAGAGUUUAUUACAAGAAGUGCCCGGCCACGGUGCAGAGCUUGGCGGCCUUCCCGGAGACGGUGGCAGAUGCCCUCAGGGAGGUGGAGGGAGUGUGCGUGGAGAAUGCCAUCAGUCAGGCCACCCCGCGCAUUUACUGCACGGCGGAGGGUGAAUGGGUGGUUCCUGUGGGUCAGUGCCAGUGUCUCUCAGGCUAUGAAACCACUGGAGACUCCUGCCAAGCAUGCAAGCCAGGCUACUUCAAGCCAUCUAUAUCGAGCGAGUUGUGUCAGCUUUGCCCCGACAAUACCGAGCCCUCCGCGGCCGCCGCCUCUGAAUGUCAAUGUAAGGAGGGUUUCUUCCGCUCCCCGUCAGACCCGCCAACAUCUCCCUGCUCUGCUCCACCCGGCGCCCCUCGUGAGCUGACCUCCACCACCCUGUCAGGAGACGGCAGGCUGCAGCUGUUCUGGAGCCCACCGCUGGUGACCGGGGGCCGCAGUGACCUCACCUACAGCGUGGUAUGCGAGCACUGCGGCGGAGCCUCGUGCGUCCCCUGUGGCGAGAAGAUUCACUUCGAGCCCGGCCCUGCAGACCUGCAGGACACGACGGUCGUCGCCACCGACCUCGACUCUCACCUGAACUACACGUUCACCGUGGAGGCUCACAGCGGCGUGUCACAGUACAGCACUGAGAGGCGCACAGCAGCCAUCACCACUGCUCUGGAUUAUACAGAUCCCCCCAAGGUGACGUUGAUCCAUCUGGAUGAUCGCAGCCCCACCAGUCUGUCUCUGUCCUGGUCCCUGUCUCGCAGACCUCCGGCCCACAUCAAUCACCGCUACGAGCUCAUGUACCGCAAAAAAGACGGUGACGGCGAGCGCGACGUGACCACCUUCACGGUCCUGAUUUUGGAGAAAAGCUCGGUCCAGAUCAACGACCUCACGCCAAACACUACAUAUCUGUUCAGGGUUCAGGCACUGAGUGCUGAAGGCAACCCCGGCAGCUACAGCGCGGAGUACGAGUUCCACACUUCACCACUAGCCGAGUCUCAGAUCCAGAGCAACUCCACCAUGGUGAUGGCAGCUGUCGUCGGGGUAGCCGUCAUCCUGCUUGUCGCGGUGGCCGUCCUGCUACUCCGUAAACGGAGACUGAGCUUGCACAUCAGGAGAGGACCAGAGGAUCCGUACUUUUCAACAGAUCAGCUGAAGCCUCUGAAGACCUACGUCGACCCGCACAUGUACGAGGACCCGAACAUUGCCAUCCAAAAGUUCGUCACGGAAAUUGACCAGAAUUCUAUCAGCAAACAAAAAGUCAUCGGUGUCGGAGAGUUUGGGGAAGUGUUCCGCGGCGCGAUGAAGACUCCGGGGCGAGGAGAGGUGGCCGUUGCGAUCAAGACGCUGAAGCUGGGCUACUCGGAGAAACAGAGGCAAGACUUCUUGAGCGAGGCCAGCAUCAUGGGGCAAUUCUCACACCCGAACAUCAUUCGCCUGGAGGGAGUUGUCACAAAAUGUGAGUCAAGACAUGAGUCAAACGGUGUGAUUCACACACGUACCAAUGUUUGCUUUUCACUAAACCUUUUUUUACCGUUUCCUUUUCCAGUCAAGCACGUGAUGAUAGUGACUGAAUACAUGGAGAACGGCGCUCUAGACACAUAUCUGAAGGACCGUGAUGGAGAGAUUCCUUCGUACCAGCUGGUAGGAAUGCUGCGGGGGAUCGCUGCUGGGAUGAAAUAUCUCUCUGACAUGAGCUACGUCCACCGUGACCUGGCAGCGAGGAAUGUUCUGGUCAACUGCAACCUGGAGUGUAAAGUGUCGGAUUUUGGUCUAUCGCGCGUGCUGGAGGAUGACGCCGAGGGCACCUACACGACCAGAGGAGGUAAAAUCCCCAUCCGCUGGACUGCCCCCGAGGCCAUCGCAUACAGGAAAUUCACAUCAGCCAGCGACGUGUGGAGCUUUGGCAUCGUCAUGUGGGAGGUCAUGGCAUUUGGAGAGCGGCCCUACUGGGACAUGAGCAACCAUGAGGUCAUGAAGGCCAUCAACGAGGGCUUCAGGCUCCCCGCUCCGAUGGACUGUCCGUCCACCACCUACCAGCUCAUGCUCCAGUGUUGGCUGCACGAUCGCUCCAAGCGGCCUCGCUUCACAGACAUCGUCAACAUUCUGGACAAACUGCUCCAAAGCCCAGAGUCUUUGAAAACCAUUGCUGACUUUGAUCCACGCGUGUCCAUCCGCCUGCCGAGCACCAGCGGCUGUGACAGCACCAUGUUCCGGUCGGUGCCCGAAUGGCUGGAGUCCAUCAAAAUGGGCCAGUACAACGAGAGCUUCACUCGCGCCGGGAUCACGAGCAUGGAGCAGGUGCUGGCGCUGAGGCCCGAAGACGUCAGGAACAUUGGUGUGCGACUGCCUGGUCACAUGAAGAGGAUCGCCUACAGCAUUCUGGGCCUGAAAGAUGAGACCAGCUCACUCAGCGUGUUUGCAGUGUGAUAAAUGAAACAAAGAAAAACAUUCCUCCGAAUUAAAAUGCACUGACUGACGACGCCAUUUCACUCCUGGAGACUGGAGGACUGAAGUGGGCCAAAGCUACGCUGCAGGGCUUUUAUUUUGUCAGUGGCACAGUGUGGCACGACUGAAGAGGAGAGGACACUUCAAGCCACUCAGAAUGGACUGAGAUUAAAAAAAAUAAAUACAACACUUAUGUACUUUAUGAUAAGAGUCGAGAAAUAAAUUAUCUUUAUGUAAAAAUAAUUAUGAGAUGUAGUGAGGCGUCGCGAGAGUGCUUGGCUCUGUAUUUACGGAAUGACUGAAAUAAUGAAGGCUCUUAAUGAUUAAGAGCUCGUUUCUUCCAAGCACUCACUACAUCUGGAUCAUUUAUUCAGUUUGUUUUGCUUCUCUUUUGUCAAACAAUGAUGAGACUUUUUUUUUUUUAAUUUUGUAUAACUUUUCCACUCAGGGCAAAAGAUCACACAUUCUUCGUGUUAAUCUCUGUAUCACAUGAUGCAUUUCCUCAAAUCAUUUUGUCUGUUUACUCCAUGUCUUAAUACUUAAAAAAAAAAAAAAGUCAAUUUUUAUUUAAUAUUUAUUUUAUAUUUAUGAUAUUUGUUACAUGAGAGAUAACUGUAAUCUGGCGCAUGUUUGCCAGGUGAUGUAUUUUUGUGUCUGAAUAAAGUCAGAGUUGCCUGUGACUGGAUCACUCUCUUACACUCA